CUCUCCCUUGCCCUAAUAUUUUAGACAAUGGGUUUAUCCUUUCCUCUCAUCAUCUUGAUCGUGCACUAUCUUGUUUCAUUGAUGAUGUUUAAUCUUAUACUUUUUGCCUCUUCUUCUGGUGUGCAGCCCCUGUGCCAUGAUGAUGAGAGAUUUGCCUUGUUGCAAUUCAAGGAAAGCUUCACCAUCAGUCAGUCCGCGUCCACAAAUCCCUCUACUUAUCUGAAGGUUUCAUCGUGGAAGCCUGAUCAAAUCAGUGAUUGCUGCAAGUGGGACGGUGUAGAGUGCAAUAAGGACACUGGUCAUGUCAUCGGCCUUGAUCUCAGUAGCAGCUGUCUUAAAGAGUGGGACACGAGCUACACGCUGGCUUGCGUGAGAGAGCUGGGCUCUUGAACGAAACGGACUGAAGCAGUUUGACUUGGCUGGAGAAGCGGGAACGCGUGCAAUACGG